AUGUUAGAUGCUAUCUCAUCAGCUGAGGAAAUCAAGCAAACAUUAUUUGAUAUGGAUCCAGACAGUUCUCCAGGUCCAGAUGGAUUCACUGGCAGUUUUUAUAAAUCUUGUUGGCAAAUUAUACAGGAUGAUGUUGUAAAUGCAGUUCAAUUUUGCUGGAGAAGAAGAUUCAUUCCAAAAGGCCUGAAUUCAAAUUUUCUUGUCUUACUUCCAAAAAUUGAAGGUGCUAGAUCUCCCAAUCAAUUUAGACCAAUUGGUCUAAGCAAUGUAAGCUUUAAAAUCUUCAUUAAGAUUAUCAAUUCCAGAAUGUCUACUUUAAUGCAUAAGCUCAUAUCACCUCAGCAAGCAGCCUACAUAAAAGGAAGAAGUAUUCAAGAUCAAAUAGCUCUUGCUUCUGAAAUGGUAAAUGAAAUGAAGAAAAAAAUAAGAGGAGGUAACAUUGGACUUAAACUUGAUAUAUCUCAGGCAUAUGAUUCUGUCAGCUGGAAUUUCUUGUUUCAAGUUUUAAAAAGGUAUGGCUUUUCAGAAACUUGGUGUAAAUGGCUAUGUACCUUAUUUGAAUCUGCUAAGAUAUCAAUAAUGAUUAGUGGAGGGCCAAAUGGAUUCUUUACUGUUAGAAGGGGGUUGAGACAAGGAGAUUCAUUAUCUCCAACUUUGUUUGUUCUCAUGGAAGAUGUCUUAAGUAGAAAUAUUUCAAAAAUGGAGGUUGAGGAGAGUGGAAAUUUCCACAGUAUGGUCAAUGGUAGAGUUACUGCAAAAGAAGAUGGCUGCUUGGAAAGAAAUUUUCUAUGGUCUGGUGAUGGAGAAACUAGAAAAUAUACUAUUCUAUCUUGGAAAAAGGUAUGUUCUCGAUACAAUGAAGGUGUAUUGGGUAUUCAAAGGUUAGAAGUUCUUAACAGAGCACUGCUCAUGAAGAUAUUAUGGAGAAUUAUCAAUUCUGGAGAAGAAUGGGCAUUAUUCCUAAAAGCCAAAUUCCAGGAUAAGCAUGGGCAAUGGAAGAACAAUUGUGAUUCACCUCUUAUUGAAGACAUUGGUUAUACUGACUAUGUAAAAGCUCAUAUAAACAUGAAUAUAGGAGAUAUCAUCCUCAAUGGAGAAUGGAGCAUUCCAGAUGAAAUAAAACAAAUGCUUUCAUCUUAUACACUGCCUGAACAGGGAGUAGGUCAACUUAGCCCGUGGAACUUUUCAAUUCCAUCUGCAACUGCCAUAACACCUGUUGCAGAAUCACCAAUCUCACUGCACAUCAACAUCUACUUCCAUCUCAGCUCCACAACACCAACAAAAUAUCUUUCUCAGUCUUGUCCACCACAAUCCAUGGCUGCAACUGCAACAAGCCUCACAGUCCACCUGCACUCUAGUCAAGCCAUCAGUCCACCUGCAAAUGCAUCUGCAACUACUCCUUGUGAUCUCUGCCCAUAG